AAUUUGCACACGGUGCGUGGUCACAAGGCUUCAAAUACUAACACUGCUUGCAUAGUCACUCAAACAACGAUGCGUGGAACUUACCCUCUUUUGUGAGAGGAUAUAUAUUUAGACGAUGGUAACGCUGGAAAUAUAUAGUUUACAUUAGUCCAUUUAAAAAUAUAUAGAUUUUUCAGUGCAUUUUUAUUUUGUCUUCUGUUUUAAUUUCUCCGUCUAGAUAUAUUGGCUGGGGGUUAAUAGUGUAACUAGUUUUAUUUUGUUUACUGUCAUCCCUGAAGCACGAAAUCAUGUUCAGAAACGAUUCAGAGAAAACUCAACUGGUCACCGAGAAAGGCACCAUGUAUAGCAUCACCAUGAGAAGUGUGUCCACAGAUGAGAUAAUGCAGAAGGAGAAGGACAGCAACAUCAAGCAUUGCCAUGACAACAGCCAAGCUACGGAGGACAGGGAGCGGGAGAAGCAGUUGGCCAGGAAGAGGCUCUAUGUGGUCUCGGCUGUCUGCCUGGUCUUCAUGAUCGGAGAGAUCCUGGGUGGUUACUUUGCGGGGAGUCUGGCGGUGAUGACUGACGCCGCCCACCUGCUGGUCGACUUCGCCAGCUUCAUCAUCAGCCUGGUGUCUCUGUGGCUCUCGUCCAGACCCGCCACGCGCACACUCAGCUACGGCUGGCAUCGUGCAGAGAUCUUGGGUGCUCUCCUCUCGGUGGUGACCAUCUGGCUGGUGACAGGUGUGCUGGUUUACCUGGCUGUGCAGCGCCUCAUCAGCGAUAAUUAUGAGAUCGAGGGGACCAUCAUGCUCAUUACUUCAGGCUGCGCUGUGCUGGCAAACAUCAUUAUGGCUUUCACCCUACACCAGUCUGGGCAUGGGCACAGCCACGGGGGCCUCAGCAGUGGGCACGGCCACAGCCACAGCACUAACGUCAAGAGCAACCAUGGGCACAGCCACGCGGCGGGCAAUGGGCAUGGGCACAGCCACAAGAGCAGCCACUCGCACAGUAACGGUAACCAAGAAAACCAUUCCCAUGGAAAUGGCGACGUGGAGCAGCACAAUGGGGUGGACGGUCAGCAGCAGAAGUCGGCGGGGUCACGACCUCAGGCCAACGCCAGCGUGCGCGCCGCCUUCGUGCAUGUCGUGGGAGACCUGCUCCAGAGCAUCAGCGUGCUGGUCAGCGCCAUCAUCAUCUUCUUCAAGCCCGAGUAUAAGAUAGCGGACCCUAUCUGUACGUUCCUGUUCUCCAUGUUUGUCCUGGGAACCACCGUCACCAUUCUGAGAGACAUCCUGCUUGUCCUCAUGGAAGGUACCCCAGCUGGAGUGAAGCACGGUGAGGUGAGGGACCGGCUGCUGGCAGUGAAGGGGGUGAAGUCUGUCCAUAGCCUCCAUAUCUGGGCCCUGACUAUGAACCAGACGGUGCUGUCAGCACACGUGGCUAUAGAUGACGUAGUGGAUGCCCAGCCAGUCCUAAGGGAGAUGACCCAAACCUGCUUCUCAAACUACAACUUUCAUUCAGUCACCUUACAGCUGGAACAGCAGGCCGACCAGAAGCCUGGGUGUAGUCUGUGUGAGGACCCCAACAUGUAGACACCUGUUUAAGCCCAUGGGAAAGGCCAGGAGGCUAAGUUAAGCUACCUAACCAGGAUUUAGCUGUAGCCUGGACACAGUCUUUUGGCCAGUGCUUGACUUGACCAGGAACAUAUUGGAACUGAUUUCUCGCACCUCACAUUUGUACAGCUAGAGUUCCUGCACCUUUUAUAGAAUGUGGCCUUAAAAUAUUGCGGCAGCGUUCCGGCACCUUAGUAUAAACAGCACUCCAAAUAGAAUAGAACGCAACUUUUUUUGAUUAUAUGUUACAGCCAAACAACUUGCAGUGCAGUGUCUCUCUGGAUGAGUACCGGCAUAUAUUUAAGUCCACUUCAAGCUCUGCUUUUGGCUGAUCAAUCAUGGAUAUUGGACCAGAGCUCUAUUUUCAGCUGGCGCUAAGAAGGCGCUAGUGUCAUACUCACGUUAGUUUGCAAUUUCGCCAUGUAAAAACUGGCGGACUGGCAUUUUCCCGCCCUAACGCCAGGUUUGGCAAUUUACCUGUCUAAUAUCAGCAUGCUUACACUCAGAUGGGAGGAGUGAAAAUAUUUUAGGCGUGUCCUUAAAAACAUGACCCAAAGUACUAAUUUCAGGCGGCACUGGUAGGGAUAUUUAAGACCAAUCAAAAGCUGGUUUUAAUAGUAACGCAGUUGGUUACGGUAUGAAUUUUGACAGCUGAAACACAGCCUUAAAAGCCGUGACACACACUGCCCACAUGAACAUGGAACAAGAUGUGAUUUGGUACCUGUAUACUUGGUAUUUAGAAACAUAAAACAUUCAUGUUUUUCCCCCAUUUCAUUUUAUUUGAUUAAAAACCAAGCAUAGCCUCCCCUCUCAAUGAAGGCUGUUUUGUUUUUGUCCUGCCCAAUGUAAUCAAGUAGGCUAGACAAGACCGUUGAUAAAGGGUUUGGCUCGUGAGACCGCUUGGAAAUAAAUCCUAAUCACCCAAGCUUUAUUAAAAUACUGUAUUAAGUCUGAGAGGAGUAAAACAGUGAGCUGACGUUCCCUUUUUAUCUAUGCAUUGUAGGCAGGCCUACGUUAUUUUAGCCAUGCUUUGGACGUGCGUAAGACUCCCUACAUGAUAUAGGUUCCAUGUCUCCGUGCCCAUCGUGAACGGAGAGAUGAGAUCCUCGGUGAAUACCGGUGAACCUCGUAUUUAGAAGUUAUUUUCAUGUAACAAUUGCUUGUUUUCCAUUUCAUUUAUUUUUUAUUUUUAUCCAAGCCCUCCACAGACUACCUUUACCCUAGGACUACUAUAGCGAAGGCUGGUUCAACAGCAAUGCGUUGUUGUUCUUUUAUGAUGGUGAUUUUAUGAUACAUUACAUUUGACAUUUUACAUUUUGCAUUUAUUGUUGUUGAAAAUUAUAACAGAUUGCUUGCUUUUUGUUUAAUUUUAUUAAAACAAACUUAUUAUAA